AUGGCAACAGCUUCGAGGGACGCGCUUGCACCAGCGAUGGCCACAAGAAAAACAGCUAGUCGUAGGCAGACUAGCAAACAGAGAGUCUUGUCGGCAGGCAAGUCCAAAGAUCCAGCCUCGUUCGAGAAAUUGGAGAACCCAGAAGCUACCAUUGCUGGGUAUUGCGGAUGCAAUGAUAUCGGCAUCUUUCGGCGCUUCUACCUAAGCCCUCUGGUCCUACCAUAUUACAUCAAAAGCCUGUCCUACCAGGGUUACAGUCGACGAACAGUGCUUUCAUACCUCGGCGACCUUCCCUCCGAUCGAUGGGGUAGUGAUGAAGACCCACAGAAAGUCUACCCGUUCGACAAGGAUGCACAGGACAAAGAUUCGAAGGACGACCGAAACCCAAACUAUGGGAUGGCUCUCGUGGUCUGUCAGAUGCUGCGCGGAUUGCAGAAAGGACUUUCGAGUAAGACGCCCAAGAUUGACGCAGCAAAGUUCACUGAACUCACCGAUUGCACACUCCCGACGGGACCAGCGUUAUCCAAAGACGAGGUGCCAUCAUUCGGACCAUUCUCCGAGAUAGGCGAGUCCGCGUUAGAAGCACAUAAUAGGUGCUUAUGUCUGUUUGCUCAUCUCAAAUAUACCACUUCGAAGUCGCAAUGGGAUAGAAGAUUCCAUGGAAAGUCGGCUUGGGAUGGUUCAGUCCUUGUAUCCAUCGAAUAUCUUCCAGAUUGGAUGCGAGCCCAUCAACCAGUCGCUAUAGUGGAUGCACCCGACGAAUACACGGGCCCGCCGGCAGAGGUCACACAGUCCGUUACUGUGGUGUGGAAGCACGAGUCAAAAAACAGGAAGAACGCCGAUCAUGUGAAGGAGAUGAGCGACCGGGAUGAGUUGACUCAAGUACCCAAGUGUGUCGACGUUACCCUUACCAAGUCAAUGCUUGGUCCCGAAGCCCGCGACCGCAUUCGCGAGGCGUUCAAACUGCACAAGUUUGAUGCCCAACUUGAGCAGCUUACUCUCCAUCAAGCCGGAAAUGACUUUCCGGCGCUUCAAGCCAACUGGGAGACGAUUUUCGACACAGUAGUAAGAUACCCCGACUCUACCUUCACCUGUCUGUUUAGGCUUCGCGACGACGGCGAGAGUACAUGGGAGUACGGCGGACCACCGGCUGUUCUCCGCGAUUUCCUUGAAGCUGAGCACAGAGACGUCGUACUCAAAAACAAACCGACACCAGAAAAGUCGGAGCAAGUACUGCAGGGAUUCGUCAAGAACGCGACAGCAAGCAUUCCAGGCAAGUGCUUGUAG